UGUAACCGGCGUCGUGAACUGUCGGCGCGCGUGGUUUUCUAGACGUACCGUUUGGCUGAUACUGCUUAGCCUUUGACCCCGUGGUUGGCGUCUCGCGUUACGACGACGAAAGGAACCGCGAUGAUGGAGGAAGACAGCGCCGGUUUUGGCGAGCUGAUCCAGCAAGCGGAGCAGCUAACUGCCGAAAUCGACGACACGGGCUUGCCGCGCGUCACUCGCAGCCUCAAGCAGAUCGUCGAGGAAGGCCAGCAGCUAUGGUCACGCACAGCUCUCCUUUCGGCCAAGGAUACGAACGAGGUGAAGGCAUCCAUCCUCCUGGGUUCCAGGGGCUUCGACUUGCCCAGGGCCACGCAGAAGCUCGAAGGCCUAGUGGCGGCUCCGACCUUCGAGCCCUACGAAGACGCCCGCGAGACGGACAUCCAGGCCUUCCUUCGAGCGGAACGCGAGAAUGCGAUCCUCUCGGUGUUCGCGGAGUCCUUCAAGGCGACGCAAGAGGAGAGCGACAACUUCUGCUGCGACGCGUUCUCCAACGAAUGGCAACGCGAGAAGCAGCGAGUCCUCGACUCCCUCCUGGGACCUUCCAACGACGUCAUGGACGUGAGCACGGCCGUCGCCGAAACGAGCUCUAUGCUGGGGACCACCUUCCAGUUGGACGCCAAAACGCGAAGCGCAAUGUCCGCCGCCGAAAUGCCGUACGCCCGCGCAGUGGCCCGGUACAACGACGAGGUCAUCAGCGGAGGUACGCGUCCCAAGCUUGCGGACCGCUUCCGCGAGGUCGCCGACAAGGAACUGGACGACCGCAGCGCGACCGCCAUGUGGGAGAUGGUGUGCUUUAUCCUGGACGCGCCGCUCACUUCGACGGGCGACUCGACGCAAGGCACGUACGCUGUAGCGACGCCGGCGCUGGUCAACCAGUCCCGGAAGCACCUGGAGAACGUCUACCGGAAGUACAUGCGCAUCGUCAUUGAAGGGAACCGCGGCUACGCGCGUCUCGGUGGCGAGCUGGGCACAGUCAACCUGGUCAAGAGCUUCCUCAACGUCAAGCUCCCCUCGAUGCCCUCGGAAGGUUACGAAGGCAAGCUGGACGGACACCCUGUGUGGGCUCUCAUCUAUUACUGCCUGCGCUGCGGCGACCGCGCCGCUGCCGUCGCGAUCAGCCGGCAGGCCGAAGGCACCGCGGGCGACAUGACGUCCGUCCUGGAGGAGUACGCCGCGUCCGCCGACGGCCAUCUUGGCGCCAGCAGUGAGAACCGCAUUCGGCAGCUGUACGCGCGCUCGGUGCGCGCCUCGGAAGACCCCUUCAAGCGCGCCGUCUACUGCGUCCUGGGCCGUUGUGACGUAACGCAGGACCACCCGGCAGUGUCGGCGACCUGCGAGGACUACCUGUGGCUUAAGCUGUGUCUCGUGUUUGCCGAGGAGCCCGUGUCGCCAGGCGAAGAGCAGCAGGAGCAGGCCCGCGACCGCCUGACGCUCGCCAAGCUCCAGCGGUCGCUCCUGGAAGAGUAUGGCGAGAGCCACUUCGACGCGAUGCGACAGCCAUUCCUGUACUUCCAGGUCCUGUUCCUGACAGGUCAAUUUGAGCACGCCGUCGAGUUCCUGGCCCGCGUGGAGCCCCAGCGAGUCCACGGCGUUCACGUUGCACUUGUGCUCUAUGAAGACAACCUUCUGACACCACCGGCAUCCGUUCAGCAGCCCUUGGUGUCCAAGCCUCCGUCAGGCGCAGGCCUGCGCUUCAACCUGGCUAGGCUCGUGACAAGCUACACGCGCAAGUUCGAGGCAACCGAUCCGUGCAAGGCCCUGGGCUACUUCUACUUCCUGCGAAAGCUCAAGGGAAUUCACGGUGAGAAUCUCUUCGUGGCGUGUGUCAGUGAGCUCGUGCUUGAGACCAAAGAGUUCGAAGUCCUACUGGGCAAGAUUGAGCCAGAUGGCUGCCGACGAAGAGGAGAGGUCGACAAGUUCAACUUCGACACAGAGCGCGUCAUUGAAGCCGUGGCGGCAGAUUGCGAGAACCGGGGCCUUUACGAGGAGGCAGUGCGCCUGUACGACCUCUGCAGGAAACACGGGGACGCCGUGAGGCUUCUCUGCAGACUCCUGGCGAAGCAUGUGCCCAGCGCAUCGGGUCCUGCCUGGGAGCGGCUGCGGGAACUGGCCGUCGAGCUGGCCACCCGGUAUCGGGAUGACGUCAGCAGUGCCUCCAUUGAAGGUCUGGCAUCCCUGUGCCUGCUCCUCGACCUGGGGACAUUCUUCAACCUUGCACACCAGCACAAAACUAUGCUCGCGUUGAACACGAUGCAGCAGCUAGAGCUGGUUCCGUUCGACCCGUGCCAUGUUGAGGAGAGUGUCGCGGCGUUCUCACGAAGGUCCGAGGAUGUGCGUCGUAUCGUGGCCGACAUACUGCUGGCAGUGAUGAAUCUGCUGUACAGCCAGUACAGGGAGAUCAAGGGACCGGACGAGGUCCAGAAACAAAAGCUGCGUCAGCAGGCGAGAGCCAUCAUAAUGUUUGCCGGCAGCAUCCCGUACAAAAUGCCCGGAGACACGACCGCCAGGCUCGUCCAGAUGGAAGUACUGAUGUGUUGAUGUGCUGCCCACCUCUUCCCCUCCACCUGUUUGUUUUUAUUUCGUCCAAUCGGAUAUGGGACAGAACUGGUUGCGCAUCUUAAUUGUUUUACCACCAAAUAGAACGCUUGUUCUGGGCAGGGUGGGCUUUUCAUGAGCCAAAUUGUACAAAGUUGUGCAUGGUAUAAAAAUAUCUUGCUUUUAGUA